GAUGACCACACAGAAGUAUUUCAUUCUUUGGAUGAAAAUGGUCAGAAAAUGCUUAAAUCACUAGAAGGAUCUGAAGAUGGAGCCCUUCUGCACAGGCGGCUGGAAAGCAUGAAUAUCAGAUGGAAUGAGCUCAGGAAAAAAUCCCUUAACAUCAGGUCUCAUUUAGAAGCCAGCACAGAGCACUGGAAGCGAUUACACAUCUCUCUGCAGGAGCUUCUUGCAUGGUUGCAGCUAAAGAAUGAAGAGCUAAAGCAGCAGGAGCCCGUUGGUGGGGAUGUUCCUAAAGUGCAAAGCCAGAUUGACACGCAUCGGGCCUUCAAAAGGGAGUUAAAAGCCAAGGAACCUGUUAUCAUGAGUGCACUUGAUACUGUGCGAAUAUUCCUCACAGAUCACCCUUUCGAAGGACUAGAGAAUCUGUACCAAGAGCCAAGAGACCAUCACUCUGAAGAGCCGUCCAAGAAUGUCAGCAGGAUCCUGCAGAAGCAGGUCGAUGAUGUAAGGACUGAGUGGGACAGGUUGAAUAUGCGCUCAGUUGAGUGGCAUAAAAAAUUAGAAGAUGCACUUGAAAGACUGCAGGAACUCCAAGAUGCAAUGGAUGAACUGGACCAUAAACUGCAUCAAGCAGAGGCCAUGAAAGGAUCCUGGCAGCCAGUGGGAGAUUUGCUGAUUGACUCUCUUCAAGAUCACAUAGGAAAAAUCAAGACCUUCCGAGCAGAAAUAGCACCAAUUAAGGAUAAUGUAAACCAAGUAAAUGAUCUUGCACACCAGUUCACUGCAACGAAUAUACAGCUUUCUCCAUAUAACCUUAGUCGCCUGGAAGAGUUGAACACAAGGUGGAAACUCCUGCAGGUGUCCAUUGAUGAGCGCAUCAGACAAUUACAUGAAGCCCAUAGGGAUUUUGGCCCCACGUCUCAGCACUUCCUUUCCACUUCUGUCCAGGGUCCAUGGGAGAGGGCAAUUUCACCAAAUAAAGUGCCAUACUACAUAAACCAUGAGUCGCAAACAACCUGCUGGGAUCAUCCCAAAAUGACAGAGCUUUACCAGUCUUUAGCUGAUCUGAAUAAUGUCAGAUUUUCAGCGUACAGAACUGCCAUGAAGCUAAGAAGACUGCAGAAGGCCUUGUGCUUGGAUUUACUAGGCUUGUCUGCAGCCUGUGAUGCCUUGGACCAGCACAACCUCAAGCAGAAUGACCAGCUUAUGGACAUCCUUCAAAUUAUUAACUGCUUAACUACAAUUUACGACCGACUGGAGCAAGAGCACAACAACCUGGUGAACGUCCCUCUUUGUGUGGACAUGUGCCUGAACUGGCUCCUGAAUGUUUAUGACACGGGCCGCACUGGAAGAAUUCGAGUGUUGUCUUUUAAAACUGGUAUUAUUUCCCUAUGUAAAGCACAUUUGGAAGACAAGUACAGAUACCUGUUCAAGCAAGUGGCAAGCUCUACUGGAUUUUGUGACCAGCGGAGACUGGGCCUUCUCCUACAUGAUGCCAUUCAGAUUCCACGGCAGCUGGGUGAAGUGGCUUCCUUCGGUGGAAGUAACAUAGAGCCCAGUGUCAGGAGCUGCUUUCAGUAUGCCAACAAUAAACCAGAGAUUGAGGCAGCCCUGUUUCUGGACUGGAUGAGGUUGGAGCCACAGUCGAUGGUUUGGCUACCGGUGCUUCAUAGAGUCGCUGCUGCUGAAACUGCCAAACAUCAAGCCAAGUGUAAUAUUUGUAAGGAAUGUCCAAUUAUUGGUUUCAGGUAUAGAAGUUUAAAGCACUUUAACUAUGACAUCUGCCAAAGCUGCUUCUUUUCUGGCCGUGUUGCAAAAGGUCACAAAAUGCACUAUCCGAUGGUGGAAUACUGCACUCCCACUACAUCUGGAGAAGAUGUACGUGACUUUGCAAAGGUUUUGAAGAAUAAAUUCAGAACAAAAAGAUACUUUGCCAAGCACCCAAGGAUGGGUUAUCUGCCUGUUCAGACUGUCUUAGAAGGAGACAACAUGGAGACCCCUGCCUCAUCUCCCCAGCUAUCACACGAUGACACUCACUCACGAAUUGAACAUUAUGCUAGCAGGCUAGCUGAAAUGGAAAACAGCAACGGAUCCUACCUAAAUGAUAGCAUUUCCCCUAAUGAAAGCAUAGAUGAUGAGCAUUUACUUAUCCAGCACUACUGCCAAAGCUUGAACCAGGAGUCUCCUCUAAGCCAGCCCCGAAGCCCUGCCCAGAUCCUGAUCUCCUUAGAAAGUGAAGAACGAGGGGAGCUUGAGAGGAUUCUUGCCGACUUGGAAGAAGAGAAUAGGAAUUUGCAGUCUGAAUAUGACCGAUUGAAGGAACAGCACGAUCACAAGGGAUUGUCCCCACUGCCCUCCCCUCCAGAAAUGAUGCCAGCCUCCCCGCAAAGCCCACGUGAUGCAGAACUUAUCGCAGAAGCCAAACUUCUACGCCAGCACAAAGGACGACUAGAAGCUAGAAUGCAAAUACUAGAAGAUCACAACAAGCAAUUGGAGUCGCAGCUGCAUCGGCUCAGACAAUUGCUGGAACAGACCGAGGCAAAGGUCAAUGGUACAACCUUUUCCUCUCCUACUUCCUCACUACAGAGAUCAGAGAGUAACCAGCCUAUGUUGCUUCGCGUGGUUGGCAGCCAAACAUCUGAAACUAUGGGAGAGGAAGAUCUUCUCAGUCCUCCUCAUGAUACAAGCACAGGACUAGAGGAAGUCAUGGAGCAGCUUAACAACUCCUUCCCCACUGCAAGAGGAAACCAUGUAGGAAAUCUCUUUCACAUGGCUGAUGAUUUGGGAAGAGCGAUGGAAACUUUAGUCACGGUCAUGACUGACGACGAGGUGUUAGAGUAACAACUCCCUACGCACCGCAUGUGUUUUUUAUAUAACUAUCUUCGUACAACAAAAAAGGGGAUUAGACUGUAAGAGUUUACAAGCAAAUAUCUAUAUUUUUGUGAAGGGUAGUGGUACUAUACUGUAGAUUUCAGUAGUUUCUUAAGUCUGUUAUUGUUUUGGUAACAAUGGCAGGUUUUAAAUGUCUAUGCAAUUGUACAAAAACCAAUAGGAAAAAUACAUGUAAAAUCUUGAUAGCUUAAAAAAAAAUCUUGCCAUUUCUUUUUACAGAGGGCAAUUUUGGGUUGUUUAAAAAAAUUUAUAUCAGUUAUAAAGAAAGAUUGUAAACUAAAGUGUGCUUUAUAAAAAAAAUAAUUUGUUUAUAAAAAAAAUCCUUUUGAAAAAAGGAAAAAAAACAGUGCAUUGUUUAGAAUUGCCAUGGCUUUGUAACUGUAUAUCAACAAUAUUCAUAUUAAGUGUCAUUUUUUUUUCCUUGUGUAUCAAAGAACAUCAGUUAUAGCACCAAAUAUGACAUGGACUUUGUGUUUCACAGACACACUUGUUAAUUGAUGAACAAUGGAACUUUGGCAAAAGUUUUUUUUUUUUCAUUGACACAAGAUACAUCUAGACCAGCGAUGGGAAGCCUGAGCUAGAGUAUUUUUCAUUUUAUGGGAACAGCUUCACAGACGGAACUAACAAUUCAUGGUUACUAAUGUAAUGUACUUUUAUAAGAGCCCACUCUAACACAAUAGUAUUGUUUAAGCUUGUAUCUCACAGCUUACUGUGAACACUAUUGAGCCCUAUGGGCAAGGUUUCUUAUUUUUUUCAUACUAUGUAUAAGACCUCUUUAUUUUAGAGCAAGUGUACCAGUAUCCAGUUAGCAAUCGACAAUUUUA